AUGGGUGCCUACUACGACGAAAUUGAAAUCGAAGACAUGGCCUGGGACGAGGAGAAGCGGGUGUACCACUACCCAUGCCCAUGCGGGGAUCGCUUCGAGAUAUCUCGGAGCCAACUCGCAAACUACGAGGACAUUGCUGCAUGUCCUAGUUGUAGUCUUAUAAUCCGGGUGAUAUACGAUCCACUCGACUUCGAGGACGAACCCCCGGAUGACGACGACUCUGGAGAGGCGGAGGAAGAGGAGGACGAUGAAGAGGAUGAGAGUGAUGACGAUAAGUUCGAGGAUGCCUUAGAGAAGCUCACCAUUUCGGACGAGGCGCCAAACGUCCUGGCUGUCUCAGCGUAG